AUGUCUGCCUUCCUCCGCCCCGUCUUUGGCGCCGCCGCCCGCCCGGCCGUCCGCUCUUUCAGCUCUACCUCCGCCCGCGGCAUUGCUCGCGUCCAGAUCAUUGGCAACCUCGCCGACACCCCCGAGCUCCGUGCUACCAGCACCGGCCGUGAGAUGCUUAGGUAUGCUGUCGCCAGCAACUCGGGUCCCCGCAACGACCGCGUCACCAGCUGGUUCAAUGUCAGCUGUUUCGCCGAGGGCAAGCUGCGCGACUUCCUGCUGACCCUCCCCAAGGGAACCACCGUCUUCGUCGAGGGCGAGCUUUCCCUGAGGGCCUGGACCGACGAGGAGGGCCGCAGCAAGACCGCCGUCAACGUUCUUCACCGCAACCUCGAGGUCCUCCGCCGUCCCUACAGCGCUCCCAGAGAGACCCCCGAGGCCGAGGCUGAGACCGAGGGUGAGCACCAGGAGCACCAGGAGCACCAGGAGCACCAGCAGUAA